CUUUGCCACCCCAUUAAGAAAAAUCGAUCCUUUCUUAUGUUCCAUGCUUCUUCGAUUAUCCUUCAUCUUCUUCUCUUUCUCUCUCUUCCAUUGCACACGUUCCUUCAUUCAAUGACAUAAUGAGGUGCAGUUGAGUUCAAUCCAAAUGUACAACUGAUUUGAUAAUGGUGGAGAGGAACUAAACUUCUUCUUGCUUGGAUUUUUGUUAUAGAUUUGGUUUUUAUGUAUGACAUUUUCGGUUUUCUUCUUCUUUUUUUGGCCUUGUAAGUUGUGAAGUUACAUCUUGUUGCAUUUUAGGCUGCUGAGUAAAUAAAACAGUGUGUUGGAUUGACAAUUACCUUUUAGGCCUUUUUUCUGGGGAUACGAUUUUGGUAGUGAUUUAGCAAGAUGUCAAAAUUUGAGGGUGUUAUUGUCUCCGAUCAAUGGCUUCAGAGUCAGUUUACACAGGUCGAACUUCGCACCCUGAAAUCAAAGUUUGUCUCCUUGAAGAAUCAGAAUGGUAAAGUUACAUUUAGAGAUUUACCAUCUUUAGUGGUGAAGCUAAAGGCAUUCGCGGAUAUGUAUAGUGAAGACGAGAUUAAGGCGAUCUUGUGUGAAUCCGACACUGACUUGACUAAUGAUGUUGAUUUCGAAUCCUUCUUAAGGGUAUAUUUGAAUUUGCAAAGUCAAGCUACGGCGAAACAAGGUGGCAGGAGGCAUUCGUCGUCAUUCCUUAAGGAAAGUAUAACUACCCUUCUUCACACAAUUAGUGAAUCGGAAAAAGGCUGUUAUGUUGCUCACAUAAACAGCUACCUUGGUGAUGAUCCAUUUUUGGAGCAAUAUCUUCCAUUGGACCCGGCUACUAAUGAUCUAUUCGAUCUUGCAAAAGACGGCAUUCUUCUAUGUAAGCUUAUCAAUGUUGCUGUUCCUGGGACUAUAGAUGAGCGAGCCAUCAACACGAAACGAAAAUUAAGUCUUUGGGAGAGAAAUGAGAACCAUACUCUAUGCCUCAAUUCUGCAAAGGCUAUUGGCUGCACAGUGGUCAAUAUUGGCACCCAGGAUUUAGUGGAAGGACGACCUCAUCUUGUUCUUGGGUUGAUUUCCCAAAUCAUAAAGAUCCAGCUUUUGGCUGAUUUGAACCUCAAGAAGACCCCUCAGCUUGUAGAAUUGGUUGAUGAUAGCCAGGAGAUUGAAGAGCUUCUUAGUUUGUCACCUGAAAAGGUCCUGCUGAAGUGGAUGAAUUUUCAUCUCCAGAGAGGAGGUUACCAUAAAACUGUGAAGAAUUUUUCUUUGGAUGUUAAGGAUGGAGAAGCUUAUGCUUAUCUUCUUAAUGUUCUUGCACCUGAACAUGGCACUCGAUUCACCUUGGAUACCAAGGAUACCAAUGAAAGGGCAAAUAUGGUCCUCGAACAUGCAGAGAAAAUUGGUUGCAAACGAUACUUGUCCCCGAAGGACAUUGAAGAGGGAUCCUCAAAUCUGAAUCUUGCAUUUGUUGCGCAACUGUUUCAUCAUAGGAGUGGCCUAUCUACAGACACUAAAAAGAUGUCAUAUGCUAAGAUGAUGACAAUGGAUGAUGUACAAACAUCUAGAGAAGAGAGAUGCUUCCGGCUAUGGAUAAAUAGUCUUGGCAUAGCUACUCACAUAAAUAGUCUAUUUGAAGAUGUCCGAAAUGGAUGGGUACUUUUGGAAGUUCUAGACAAGAUAUUUCCAGGAACAGUAAACUGGAAACAUGCAACAAAACCUCCAAUUAAGAUGCCAUUCAGAAAAGUAGAGAACUGCAAUCAGGUCAUUAAAAUCGCUAAACAACUGCGAUUCUCGCUUGUCAAUGUAGCCGGAAAUGACAUCGUGCAAGGAAAUAAGAAGCUCAUUCUUGCUUUAUUGUGGCAGUUGAUGAGAUUCACAAUGCUUCAACUGUUAAAAAAUUUGAGAUCUCACUCACAAGGCAAGGAGAUCACUGAUGCCGAUAUUCUUAAAUGGACAAACAGAAAAGUGAAGAGCACUGGCAGAACUUCCCAGAUUGAUAGCUUCAAGGACAAGAGUUUGUCAAGUGGAAUAUUUUUCCUUGAGCUUCUCAGUGCCGUAGAGCCUAGGGUUGUUAACUGGAACCUGGUCACCAAGGGUGAAAGCGAUGAUGAGAAGAAACUGAACGCCACCUAUAUAAUCAGUGUAGCGAGAAAACUUGGUUGUUCAAUCUUUUUGUUACCAGAGGACAUUAUGGAGGUUAAUCAGAAGAUGAUUCUCACUCUCGCCGCCAGUAUAAUGUAUUGGAGCUUGCAACAACAAGGUGAAGAUGCACUGGAUUCAUUUCCUUCGCCUGCUGGUACUGCUACGACCACCACGCCGGAAGCUUCCCCAGCUCCAUCAGUUUGCGGCGAAGACGAGAGUUCUUCCCUUGGUGGUGAACUCUCCAACUUGAGUGUUGAUGAUGCCACAUCUGACACAACAGUGUCCUCACAACUUGAGUCUGAUGAGCUAUGAGGGCCUAGUUUUGCACUUUGCAAAGUUUUUUUUUAUCUCUCAAACAUGAGAUGAGUUCCAAAUCAUUUUCUUUUUUCUUUCUUUUUUGUUUUGUUGGUAGGUAAAGAAAUUAGAGUAAAGGGUAAGAAAAAUGUUCAUGGAAGGUAAGUUUAGGAAAUAGUUGUGAAUACCAAUGAUAAUAAUGUGUAAAAAGAUAUAUUGACAUAUUGUUUAAUUUGUUCUUUCUAGAAAGGAAUUAUUAUUUGUUAGGGAACAAAAUAAUGGCCAAGAGGGCAAAAAGGGAAGGAUAUAAAUGAGGUUUCUUGAACAA